AUGUGAUGUACCAUUUUGAAUCAUGUUUGCACAUAUAGGAAAGUUCGUCUGUUCAGCAUUUUACACAUCAGUUAAAUGAGUUUUACUUGAAGUUGGAAACAAAAAACUAGAACAAAAAUAUCUUCAAAUAUUUGAAUGCUUCUUUUUUCUUGCUUUAUUCAAGUUUAUCUGUGCAGGGAACAAAGGUAUUAAGGCCAAGAUAGGGCAGAUGGCGAGCACGGAAGAGUUUCCAACAGAGGGGGUUGAGGCACUAGUGGAGGGGUUCAAAGCUGCCACCCAGAUACCAGAAGUGACCAUCAUCCCUGACUCUGAGUCCCAGUCCGACAACACCCAACCAGACAACACCCAGUCCACCAGCUCCCAGUCCGACAACACCCAGCCAGACAACACCCAGUCCACCAGCUCCCAGUCCGACAACUCCCAGUCCAUCUUCACCCAUUCCGAUAACACCGAGCCACACCACACCCCGCCACUCAUGAGCAGCACACCAAUCCCCCGGAAAAGAUCCAGAAAGCAAGGAUCUUCUGAGCGUGGCAAACGAGCCAGAUCCGAAAAUAACAAGGAGAACAGCUUCUCCGUUGAAGCAAAGUGCAAAGGACUGUUCAAAGUCUUUGUGGACCAGUUGCUGAAAGCCCCAGAGGGGAUGCUAACAAAGAAGGUGUCAGAAGACCAAGUGAACAACAUCAAAAACAUUCUCAGGGAUAACAAGCCAGGUCAGCUACCGCUCAUCCCUGUAAUGGCCACAGGACCAUGGCCUGGCAGAGUGUCCCCCCAGGACAAGUUUAUAGUCCUGGGUGGAUACCCACUGUUUAUGGCAGCCAAGGAUCUGUCAACAGAUGUGAAGUAUGCUGACUACAGACAGCUUGCAGUAAACAUGUCAAGUGAAAUCCAUGGUCAGAUGAUUGAAGUCAACCAUGUCAACACGGAGGCCGGGUAG